GCCAUUUAGAGUUCACUGGUGUCCAGUCAGUGGGUUGCAUGGAUUGACUAGAGUUAAUUCCUUCUUUCAGGAAGUAGAAUCCCCAUCAACCACAUAUCGCCGCUGGAGUAGCCUAUCUAGACGCAAUGAAAUCGAUAUUCCUUAUACUUUCCCUGCUAUUGAGAUUCGACAUGGAAAUUGGGGUCAUGAUUCCCCUCCUUUCUCUGCAAAUAGCAAUCUUACCAAUGUUGCUGAUCAGGCCUCAGUUCUUCCAGCAACCAUGAGAUCUUCCAGGGCUGAAUCUGAUGCCACAACAAGAACUGUGUCUUUUCUGCAUCCAUUUCCCUAUGGUCAUGGGUAUGUUCCUACAGGUGGGAGCUUAUUUGUCUCCUCCAUUGUUCAUUCUGGCAGCAAUGCCAGGUCCCACGAAAGGAUCCAGGUUCCUCAUUCUGUGCAUCGUCAGCUAGGCAUGCCCUCUACCCUCAUUCCUAAUGUCAGGAGAUUUAGUGGUCCAAGUGGUAUGCCUCCAGUGGUUCCGGCAGCCCCUGUGCCUGAUCAUGGUGGUGGUUUCUACAUUUUUCCACCUUCAGGCUCAUCAACCCGGACCCGACCAGAAGCGGAAAAUCAUUUACCAAAUGAUUUUCGUGCCUGGGAAAGAGGGCAUUCACUUCAUUUGCCACUUAUCUCAGUUGGCAGGGAUGCUGGUUGGGAAUCCCUCCCUCGUUCUACCAGUGGUUUUGAUUCCAGAAAUAGGUCAGACAGCUAUUGGCAGAGGCAUUGGUCUUAGAAGGGUUAGUAACUUCGUUACAAGAUUCUACCAGCCAGGUCAUGUGCUUUGGAAACUUGCACAUAAGCUUUUGAAUUCAGUUACUAUAAGCACAAAAUAUAUAUGUAGACAAUAAUUGAUUUGUACAUUUUUUGUAAACUUUGUCCUGGCACAUGGCUCCAGAAAGUGGAACAUAUUCUUUCUGCUAUUUUGUAGUUGUCUCAUGAUAUUGGGC